AUGGAAGAGUACAAUGAAAAAAAACCAGGGAACUCUAUUUUUGAAGCCAAUGUUAUUGAGGAUAAUGAUUAUCAAGAAAUAGAAGAUACAAGAACUGCAGAAGCGGAAUGGGAGCCUAAGCCUGGAAUGGUUUUUGAUUCUUUUGAUGAGGUUUUCCAAUACUACAAAAACUAUGGAAAUAAAAUGGGUUUUAAAUUUAUGAUAAGAUCUUCAAAGAAAGGAGAUGAUGGAGAGUUGAAAUACGUGAAAAUGGCUUGUAGUUGUAGUGGGAAGUCGAGUAAUGAAUCUAGAAAUGCAUUUAACAUGCAUCCAAUGACAAAAACUGAUUGUAAGGCUCGUAUUACUACAUCUCUACGUUAUGAUGGAAAAUGGCAAAUAUGUUCAACUAUCGUAGAUCAUAACCAUGAACUCACUACUCCUGACAAAAGUAGAUAUUUCAAGAAGAAUCAAAUAAUACAACCGUUCGUGAAAAGGAAGCUUGAAGUGAACGAUAGAGCCGGGAUUAGAGCAAGAAAAAAUUUCAAUUCCUUAGCAGUUGAAGUUGGCGGAGCUGAGAAUUUGUCUUUCCUACAGAAACAUUGUAGGAACUACAUUGAUAAAGUUAGGAGGCUACGACUUGGUGUUGAAGAUGCUUCUGCAAUUCAAGAUUAUUUUUUGAAGAUGCAAAAGGAGAAUUCGAAUUUCUUCUACAUAAUGGAUUUAGAUGAAGAGUGACGAUUGUAGAAUGUUCUAUGGGUGGAUGCAAGGAGUAGGGCUGCAUUUAAAGAAUUUGGUGAUGUUGUGACAUUUGACACUACAUAUUUGACCAACAAGUAUGUUAUGCCGUUUACUACUUUUGUUGAUGUUGAUCAUCAUGGCCAUUCAACAUUGCUAGGUUGUGGGUUAAUCUCUCAUGAGGACACAUAUACAUUUGUAUGGCUUUUUCGGUCUUGGCUUACAUGAAUGUGGAAUUGUGCUCUUAAGACAAUAAUCACCGAUCAAGAUAGAGCAAUGCAAAAUGCAAUCAAGAUUGUGUUCCCCGAUACACGACACAGAUGGUGUUUAUGGCAUAUAAUGAAGAAAUUGCCUGAGAAGUUGAAAGGUUAUUGUGAAUGUGAAAAUAUUAAGUUUAGUUUACAAAAUGUCGUCUAUGAUUCAUUGACACGAGAGGAGUUUGAGGAACGAUGGAAUAGGUUCAUUGAUAGACACAACCUUCACACUAAUGAGUGGUUACUUGGAUUGUAUAAUGAAAGACAACGUUGGGUGUCGGCAUUUGUAAAAGAUACCUUCUGGGUAGGUAUGUCUACUACUCAAUGUAGUGAAAGUAUGCAUGCAUUCUUUGAUGGGUAUGUAAAUUCAAAAAUGACUCUAAAACAGUUUGUUGAACAAUAUGAGAAUGCAUUGGAUGAUAAAGUGGAAAAAGAAAAGGAAGCUGAUUUCAGAUCUUUUAAAUCAUGGAUCCCUUGCAUAAGCACUUAUCCUAUGGAGAAACAAUAUCAAGAUGCAUACACCACUGCUAAAUUCAAAGAGUUUCAACAAGAGCUUGCUGCUAAACUCUAUUGUGAAAUAUCUUCUUGCAAAGAUGUUGAUUCAUGUAGGGAAUUUAUAGUGAAGGAAGUUGUUAUGGUUGGAGAGACAUGUCGUCGUGAUUCUUUUCUAGUGUGCUUUGAUGAAAGUAGUUGUGAAAUUCGUUGUAAUUGUCGAUUGUUUGAGUUUAGAGGAAUUUUAUGUCGACAUGCAAUUGUUGUGUUGCUUCAUAAGGAUAUUUAUCAAGUUCCUGAAAAGUACAUUUUAAGGUGGUGGAGGAAAAAUAUAUACAGAUGUCACACCAAAGUUCGCAUAAGUUAUAACAGUUGGAGCACAAAUGCUGAAGGACAACGUUUUGAUCAGUUGUGUAAUGCAUUUUCUGUGGUAGCAGAUUUGGCAUCAAACAAUGACAAUGCUUGUAAUAAGGUGAUGCAAAUGAUCAGUGACAUGAAGAAGGAUUUGGAGUUGACUGAAAAGGCUGCAAAUUGUAUAACAAACUGUGAAAGCGUUCAAUGUAAUUCAAAAGAGGGGAGUAGUAUUAUUCUGACUUCACGGUCUAUUCAUAGCAAAGGUCGACCUCCAAUAAAAAGAAAGCAAUCAAAGGUUGAACAAAUUGUCGGGAGUUCCCAACAAUCAAUAGAAGCAAUUGACGUUGGUGCAUUAGCGAUUAACAUCCAAGGAGGUGAAGCUAGAGGUCAUUGCUGUUGGUUUCUUUUUGCUACUGCUGGGGCUGCUGUCCCUGGGGCUGUUUUGCUGUCGUUGGGAUUUUUCUUUGCUGUUGCUCGGGGUGAUUUUGCUACUGCUGUUGGGAUUUUGGUUGUUGCUCCUGGCUAG